CUCUAAAAACCAACAAAACUAAAUUAAUAAUAAAAAAAAUUAAAUAUAAAUCUCGUUGUAACUAACGACAACUAAAAACCGCCAAAAUUCUUACCACAAGCAGCAUGAAUUCCUAUUUCGAACAAGCUUCUGGCUUUUAUGGCCAUCCGCAUCAAGCCACCGGCAUGUCCAUGGGCUCCAGUGCCCAUCACGAUCAGUCAGCCACCGCCGCAGCAGCCGCCUACAGAGGUUUCCCUCUAUCGCUCGGCAUGACGCCCUACACCAACCACCAUCUACAGCGCUCCACCCAGGAUUCACCCUACGAUGCCAGCAUUACAGCGGCCUGCAAUAAAAUCUAUGGCGAUGGCAGCCAAGCCUACAAACAGGACUGUCUCAAUAUCAAAGCCGACUCCGUGAACGGCUACAAAGAUAUCUGGAAUACAAGUUCGAAUGGUGGGGCUGGCGGUGGCGGCGGUACUGGUGGUGGCGGCGGCGGUUCAGCGGGCUCCACAAAUGCUUCAAACAACACCGCCAACGGAGGACAAAAUUCGGCAGCCGGUGGUAUGCCGGUGAGACCGUCCGCUUGCACACCCGAUUCCCGGGUCGGCGGCUAUUUGGAUACAUCGGGCGGCAGUCCGGUUAGUCAUCGUGGCGGCAGUGCUGGCGGUGCCGGAUCGGGUGGUGUAGGCGGUGGUGGCGGCGGCGGCGGUAGUGUCAGUCAGAGUGGUAAUGUUGGCGGUGUGGGUACAGCUGGCGGUGGUGCUGCUACAGCCUGGAAUGCAAAUUGUACAAUUUCCGGAGCUGCAGCCGCUCAAACAGCAAGUAGUUUACACCAGGCCAGCAAUCACACAUUUUAUCCCUGGAUGGCUAUCGCAGGUAAGAUAAGAUCUGAUUUAACACAAUAUGGCGGCAUAUCACCAGACAUGGGUAAGAGAUAUUCAGAAUCUCUUGCGGGCUCACUUCUACCAGAUUGGUUAGGUACAAAUGGUCUACGAAGACGUGGUCGUCAAACAUACACCCGCUAUCAAACACUUGAAUUAGAGAAAGAAUUCCACACCAAUCACUAUUUAACCCGCCGACGAAGAAUCGAAAUGGCCCACGCUUUAUGUCUGACAGAGAGACAAAUAAAAAUCUGGUUCCAAAAUCGACGCAUGAAAUUGAAAAAAGAAAUCCAGGCCAUCAAAGAAUUAAACGAACAAGAGAAACAAGCCCAAGCACAAAAAGCGGCAGCAGCAGCGGCGGUGGCAGCGCAACAUUUAGGAGAAUAAAAUUAGGAAAAAUUUAUAAAUUAUUAUUAUAAUUAUAGUAAUAAUAGAGAGGAUAAUAACAAUACUACUAUUAAACAUUUAGCAACAACAGCAACUGAAAUAGAACCAACAACAACAGCAACUACAACUCAUAAUACUUCAAUAAAUGCCACACCGGCAGCCACCCCAUCAUCUUCAUCAUCCACACAAAAUGUUGAAAAUCAUAAUGAUUUUGCCGCUGAAUCUACAAAAUUAAAUUCGUUGAAUUAUAACAAUUUGUAUCAGAAUUAUCCGCAACAUUAUCAUCAGCAGCAUCAUCAUGUUGGUAAUGAUCGUGAUCAUCAUCAUCAUCAGAAUCAUUAUGAUUGGAGGAGGAACUGUCAUACACCUCAGAUUUCAAUGGACAAAAGAUACCAGCAUCCUCAUCAUCAACAUCCUGGUACUUCUACCCCCAUUAAAAUCGAAUGCCAUCCAGCUGAAGAUGAUGAAGGUUUUAAUGAAAAAUCUCCUUAUUGAAGUUGCAAGUUGCCGUGCAGAUAGACGUCCUAGAUUCUCAAAAAAUAUCAAAUCUUCCUGUUUAUUUUUAUUUAAUUAUAUUAACUAAAGUAAAAAAUCUCAUAAACAAUUAACACUUUUAUUUUUUUAAAUGAUCUUUUAAAGAAAUCUUCUCUUUUAGGUUAAAAAUUAAAUUAAAAUUAAAACAAAAAACUUAAAAAAUAUACUUAAAAAAACAAACAAAUAAACGUUAUAAAUAUAAAAAAAUAAUAAAAAAAAACAACCAACCCAUCUUCAUUGCAAUUUUUGUUUGCUUUAAAUUAAUUUAUUAUAAUUUAAAAAAUUAAAUUAAAAAUAACGAAUCUUAAAACUAAAAGAAACACCCUAUUUUUAAGUAACAAAACAAACCUGUGCAAAUUAUUUUUAAUUUUAAGUUUUUAUUAUUAUUUUUUUUAAUUUAACUUUUUUUUUAUAAUUUUACAAAAAUAAAAUGUUAUAAAUAAUUAUAAACAAAUGUUUGAACAUUUUCCGUCCAGUGUUUAAAAGCCAGCCUGGGUUGCUGGCUUUUUUGCAGUGGAGGAAAAUGCUGAAAACUUAUAAAAAUGAUACUUUUCGUAUACUGUUGAUAUUUAAUUAAUUAUUAAAUAGAAUUUAAUUAAAAUACGCGCCUUUUAGUUUGUCUCUAAGUUUGUACAUUAUUUUUCUUAACUCGCUUAAUUAGUAGUUUUCCUUCUUCUGUUCUGUUCUCUUCUCUUCUUUAACUUUAUGUUUUUUUUUUCUUUUUUAAUGAAUUAUUAUUACAUAAUUUUUGUUGAUUUUAAGUAAUUGAAAUUUUAAUUUAGUUUAUUUUGUUUUAUUUUAGUUUUCAUCCAAACCUUUUUCUUGUUAGUUUUUAAGCUUAAACUUAAUUAAUUGAAAAAUGCUAACGUUUAAUUAAUUUUAGUAUAAAAUAAAUUAAAACAAACGACAACAAAUAAAUGCUGAGAUUAAACAAAAA